ACUUCCACAAUGCUCCAAUCGACGUCAUAUGUUAUACAUUCCGGAUGUGCUGCUACUGUUUACUUCUCAACGAUUGAAAACAACAAUCUCCAGAUUAAUAAAACAAUCAAAACAAGCAAUUCUACUGGCAAUGAAGAAUAUAGAUGUGAGUAUUUCAGUGCCAUUCCCAACUGGUAGAGAAGCAGAAAUUGCCUACAAGGUACUGAAUGUUGACAGUGAGCCCAGAAGGAGCGGAGUUGAAAAAGUCUUAGGCGUUGAUGGAAACGUUCUAAAUGCAAAAUUCACCGGAGAAGAGGCACGAAAAGUCAGAGUAGGUCUCACGUCAUUCUUCGACAGUUUAACGCUGGUAACUCAGACGAUGAGUGAAUUCGGACCCCCAGAGCCCGUCUACAGCCACUACCACUGAUGAAUAAUGAAUAAC